GUUUAUAAAAGCAGAGAGAACUCACCUCAGUUCUACACCUGCCUCCGCUACAUGAUGAAGGCGAUGCUGCGAAUUGUCACCACUGUUGCCCUCUUCCUGUGUACAGCAAAUGCAGCCUCUUUGGGGGUUGUGUACACAGAGGGAGGGAUGGUGCAGGGAAAGAACAGAGCAGUUGGACUCUUACGCUAUAUGGACGUGUUUAAGGGAAUCCCCUUUGCCGCACCACCUGGCAGAUUUCAGAAGCCUGUUCCUCACCCAGGAUGGGAUGGUGUUCUGAAAGCCACAGAUUACAGAUUGAGAUGUUUGCAGUUGGAUUUACUACAGAAUGACAUCAAGGGCAGUGAGGACUGUCUCUACCUCAACAUAUGGAUCCCUCAGGGCAGAACUGUGUCUACCAAUCUGCCUGUUAUGGUGUUCAUCUAUGGUGGUGCCUUCCUGAUGGGUGGUGCUCAGGGUGCCAACUUCCUGAAUAACUACCUGUACGAUGGAGAGGAGAUUGCAGACAGAGGAAAUGUCAUUGUGGUGACUUUGAACUACCGUCUUGGAACCCUCGGAUUCCUCAGCAGCGGAGAUUCUGGCAUUCCUGGAAACUAUGGCUUGUGGGAUCAGCAUGCUGGUAUUGCUUGGGUACACAGGAACAUCAAAGCUUUUGGUGGCGAUCCAAACAACAUUACUGUCUUUGGCGAAUCAGCUGGGGCAGCUAGCGUGAACUUCCAGAUAAUUUCCCCAAAAAACAAGGGUUUGAUCCGCAGAGCUAUCUCUCAGAGCGGCGUUGCUCUCUGUCCUUGGGCUGUGAACAGAAACCCACGAGCAUAUGCUGAGGAUAUCGCAAAGAAGGUGGGAUGUCCCACUGAUGACGGUAUGGUGUCCUGCCUGAAGAUAACAGAUGCAAAGGCUCUAACACUUGCAGGGAAUGUGCCCCUGAGCUCCUCUUCCUCUGAACCCAUUGUACACAAACUGGCUCUGUCUCCUGUCAUUGAUGGUGACUUCAUUCCCGAUGAUCCUGGAAACCUUUUCCACAAUGCUGCUGAGAUUGACUACAUCGCUGGAGUCAACAACAUGGACGCCCACCUCUUUGCCACCCUCGACGUCCCCUCUAUAAACAAUGCUUUGGUAACUACCCCUGUAUCAGAUGUCAGGAAUCUCUUGAAUGCCCUCACCCAAGAUAAGGGACCAGAGGCUGGUGCUGCGACUUUCCAAGAGUACACUGUCAGCUGGGGUGAUGGGCCUAGUGAUAAGGACAUUAAGAAAACGAUUGUGGAGGCUGAGACAGACUACAUCUUCCUGGUGCCAACACAAGCAGCCUUGUAUCUGCACUCUGAUCUUGCCACUACUGGAAAAACCUACUCCUACCUGUUCUCCGAGUCCUCUCGCAUACCUGUCUUCCCCACCUGGCUGGGUGCUGAUCACGCUGAUGACCUGCAGUAUGUAUUUGGGAAGCCCUUUACCACUCCACUGGGCUACUUUCCUCGCCAUCGUGAUGUCUCCAGAUACAUGAUCUCCUACUGGACCAACUUUGCCAGAACUGGUGACCCCAACAAAGGUGAGUCAAGUGUGCCUGUGGCCUGGCCCCAGUUCACCAGCACUGGCCAUCAGUUCCUGGAGAUCAACAACAAGAUGAACGAAAACAGUGUGAAGCAGAUGCUGAGAACUCGCUUUGUUUAUUACUGGACCUCUGUCUAUAGCGGCUUCCCUACCGUCCAGAAGAGCUGAGCAAUGCCAAUUUGACCAUAGAUGCAUGUAGCUCAGUAUUGAUGAGUACAAAUUAUCCAAUAAUAACUCAUGCAAUAAACAAAAUAUUUGAUAACCAA